AUGGCGGAUGUGGUGUUCACUUUCGAUGAUCUGAACAUUGGUGGAGUUCCAGAUAAGCUUAGAUCUUCUGAUAAAGAUUUUGAGAGUUUUGAGGAAGGUGGUAAAGGGAAGCAAAGUAGUUUUUACGGAGGCGCGUACUGGGGAGAGACAGGAGGCAUUGAAUCCUUGUCUUCUGAUUAUGGAUUCUAUCAAGAUGACUCACUGGAGGCAGGAUUCACUUUCUCCAAGUAUCGGCCACAAGAGCAGCAACAACAACAACAACCAUUUACAGAUUAUGGACUUCUUGAUGGAGUAAGUGUCAAUGCUGCAUCUCCACCAAUUCAAACAUGUCUGGAGGAAAUUGCAAAGCUUGGUCAGAUCCCCACAGGAAUUCAAGAUGCUGCGGAGAUGAAGAAGGAAAACCAGCACCCUUUUUCCUUAGCCUCGCUUGGGCUGCUGAACAACUAUGGUAGUGGAUUCAAACGAUUGAAUGGAGAAAGAAGAAGUGAGGGAGCCAAUGACAUAACUAUGCUCACAAAGGAGGAAGACAGGAAAUUAUCAACUGAAGAAAUCAUGAGGGUUGCUGGAGAGAUGUUUAUCCAGUCAUCUUGUCAAACUAUUGAUAGUAUCUCCAUGCUUGACCAUCCUUUUAAUCUUUCUUUCUCUGGACUUUCUGAUCAGGAGAUAAAAGAUGUGGAGCUUGCUGGGCUCCUUCUAGCUGCUGCCGAGAAAGUAGGCUAUCAGCAAUAUGACCGCGCUAGCAGAUUGCUGAAACAAUGUGAUUACAUGACCUUCAAAACUGGAAAUCCAGUUCAGCGAUCGGUCUACUAUUUCGCUGAAGCUCUUCGAGAGAAGAUUGAAAGAGAGACGGGAAGCGCUUCAUCAAAGGGUUUAAGAAGGAAACCGCUGUUUAAUUUGGAUGAGGCAACGAUGAGCCUGAACCCCACUACAUUGGCAUGUCAUGGAGAAUUGCCCUUUUGCCAGAUUACACAAUUUACUGGGAUCCAGGCCAUUGUGGAAAAUGUGGCUGAGGCAAAGAGGAUUCACAUUAUUGAUCUUGCUAUCAGAAAUGGGGUGCAAUGGACAGUCUUAAUGCAAGCUCUUGCAUCUCGAUAUGAAUGCCCUCUUGAGCUCCUGAAAAUAACUGCUGUUGCAACUAAUGCAAAACAUUUAAUGGAGGAAACAGGUAAGAGGCUGUCAAGUUUUGCCCAGAGCUUGGGCAUACCUUUUGCUUUUAAGAUUAUCAUGGUCUCCGACAUGUUAGAUCUUAAAGAAGAUCUCUUUGAACUUGAUGCUGAAGAAGCGGUUGCUGUCUAUUCUGCGUAUGCUUUUAGGAGCAUGCUUGCAACGCCAAACCGGCUUGAAAAUAUAAUGAGAGUGGUCAGAGUCAUCAAUCCUUGUUUAAUGGUGAUAUCUGAAAUUGAGGCCAACCAUAACUCACCAAUCUUUGUGAACCGUUUCAUUGAAGUUCUUUUCUUCUUCAGUGCAUACUUUGAUUGCAUCGCAACUUGCAUGAAACAGAAUUAUAAAAAUAGAGAGAUCAUAGAAUCAGUGUUUUUUAGUGAAGGAAUUAAGAACAUGGUAGCUGCUGAAGGUGAGGACAGGAAGGUACGACAUGUGAACUUUGAUGUUUGGAGAGCAUUCUUUGUUCGAUAUGGAAUGGAGGAGGUAGAAUUAAGCAUGGCAUCCCUGUACCAAGCAGACCUUAUUCGCAAAAAUUUUUCUUGUGGGAGUUCCUGUACACUUGAUAUGAAUGGGAAAUGCCUACUUGUUGGAUGGAAGGAAACACCGCUGCAUUCUCUUUCUGUUUGGAAGUUUCUUUAA